AUGUUACCCCAAGACAACCGUGGUGGCUGGGUGAACCCUGAAGAUCUCAGUCCUAUGCCCCAGUGUAUCGCUCAACAAGAUCAGUCCGCCUGGCUGAGUACUAUGACAAAAUGCACCAAGAGACGAUGCACCCGCCAUUUCGGCGUCAUUUGCACCCAUCAUCAAUGGCUCACUCAGCUCAGCUGUCUCAGCACUUCCUUCUCCCCCGAUGUUAUUGCCAGCUAUUUGCCAUACUGCGAUAGAUCUAUACUCGCUAAGGCGCAACUUUACUCAUGGAUUCGAACAAUCACAGGUAGAACGUGGAUGGUCGAAGUCGGAGAUGCAAAUGGGCUUCAAAAUCUCUCUCCAUCUUCCCUAGCUGAAGGAUAUGCAGCCGUUGACAUAAUUUCUAAUGCACCCAAAUGCCUGACCGGUUCAACCUCUUCUGUGUCAAGGGAACCCUUUCGAUAUGUGAUAGCAUCUUGCGGUUUCACAAGCACCAGCCAAGACACCGGCAAUGCUGCUCGUCCUUGGGAAUAUAGUGGAUCUUUACAUUCUAUGGUUGCGCUGGAUUUUGAAACUGUUGGUUAUGAUCUCGUCGGGGCUCGCAUCAAAGACGGCGACUACUUUGAUAAAGAUUGCUUCUGCGGUGUCUUCACGAUAAACCUCGAACAAGAACCCUGCACAAGGUCAGAGAAGUUGGACAUCACGAAGGAGUGUCUUUGGAUUAAUGCCACCUGUGGAUCAACAUCCUUACCAGAUGGUUGGGCGGAUACACUCAUGACCACACAAUUCUCAUUUAUACCUAUCGAAGAUUGGCAAUGGCCAAUGUGUGUCGCAGAUAUGCCAAAGGAUGUGAUUGAGCUUACUGAUCAGUGCGCGACUGAUGCUUGUGAGGUCGACUCCAGUGGCUAUUGUAACACUAUGUGA